CAUAUGAAUUAAUGUGCAGGAUGUUGAGUCUGUAUGACAUCAGUGAAGAGGAUAUUGAUGGUGUCAUUGAUCAAUCUCAGCUUUCAACAGUAACACAAUCUUCACUCCAGAUGCAGCUACCAAUUCUAGAAUUGCUAAAAGACUUUAUGAGUGGAAAAUCUGUUUUCCGGAACAUCAUGGGCAUCCUUCUGCCAGGUGUCAAUACCAUUAUAACUGAACGAACAAAUCAAGUGUACGGGAAACUCUUAGAGAAGGCUGUGCAACUCUCAUUGGAGAUUAUAAUCCUUGUCUUGGAGAAGGAUUUGCUUCUUUCUGAUUUCUGGCGUCCUCUUUACCAGGUAGAUAUCUUGCAUAUUCAUAGCUAUUUUAACCUCUAAUAUUCCUUACAAACU